AUGGCCUCGCGAUUAGCUGCCGCACGCUACGGCAAGGACAAUGUCCGCGUCUACAAGGUGUAUCGUAACGAGGUGACUGGCGCCCACACCGUGGUCGAGAUGACAGUCUGCGUACUGCUCGAAGGUGAAAUCGAGUCAUCCUACACACAGGCCGACAACAGCGUCGUCGUCGCCACAGACUCAAUGAAGAACACAAUAUAUAUCAUGGCCAAAUUACACCCCGUCACACCACCGGAACUCUUCGCCUCCAUCCUCGGCACCCAUUUCGUCAAGACAUACAAACACAUCCACACCGCCCACGUCGACAUCAUCACGCACCGCUGGACCCGCAUGACCAUCGACGACGAACCGCACCAACACUCAUUUCUCCGCGAUGGGACAGAAACCCGCAACGUCUCCGCAACUGUCACCAAAGGCACGGGAAUAACACUCACCUCCGCCAUAGCAGGCCUCUCCGUUCUAAAAUCCACUAACUCGCAAUUUCACGGCUUCAUCCGAGAUGAGUUCACCACUCUACCUGAAACAUGGGACCGGAUCCUGAGCACGGAUGUCGAUGCCAAGUGGACGUGGACAACAUUUGCUUCCUUGGAGGAUGUGAAAGCCAUUGUGCCUAAAUUCGACGAAACCUGGGAUGUAGCUAGGGAUACAACGCUACGUGUCUUUGCGCAGGAUAAUAGCGCCAGCGUGCAGAAUUCUAUGUAUAAGAUGGCAGAACAGAUAUUGGAGGCGCAACCGUUGUUGAGCUGUGUGGAGUAUUCGUUGCCCAAUAAGCAUUAUUUCGAACUGGAUCUGAGCUGGUACAAGGGCCUCAAGAACACAGGCAAAGAUGCAGAGGUUUACGUGCCUCAGUCCGGACCGAAUGGACUCAUCAAAUGCACAGUUGCACGCAGGGAAAGAGAACGUCGGGAGACGCCGAAGUUAUAG